UGGUUACGAGGCGCUAGUGAGAGGAGUUGGGUCAGCGUUUUUUUCUCGGCGGGAGUAGCGUCUGUUAAUCCGGCGGACUACAGUCUUCAGGAAUUUGUGCCCCUUGGGGAUGCGGCCAUGGACUUCACAUUGGAGGACUGGGAGCACCUGGGGCUGGACCAGGGGGACCUGUUCUGGGACACAGCGCUGGACAACUACCAGAACCUAUUCCUGCUGAACCCCUCCAAACCCAAACUGACCUCCCAUACAGAUGGCACCGAGGAGCUGAAGGUCCUGGUGAGAGAAAGCCCAGAAUCGGCGGGCCCUGACACAGCUGAGGUCAAGAACUGUCUUCUGGCCCAAGACUUCUUGGAAGAAGAACUCUCUCAGGAGAUCGUGGAGACGUUUUCCAAGGAUGGCCUCUGGAACUCCAGUUGGGGGAAAGUCUGUGUAGGCGAGAGUUGGUUAGAUAGUAUCUUAGAGGAUCCAGAAAGUUUUCAGAGGUCUGACUUUGUUACCAACAAGGAAAGUCCCAUAGAAUGCAGGAGUCACGAACUCAAGAGAGACCUUGAUCCUGAGUCUCUCCUUUCCACAGGAGAGGAUUCUGUGAUUCACAGUCCUCCUGAAAAGAGCCUGGCACCAGCUACGUCUCCAGAACAUGGGAGUGACUUUGGCUGUGACUUAGACCAGAGCCGGCAGGAGACUGUCCAGGAAGGGGAGAAACUGUAUAAAUGUAGUGAAUGUGGGAAGAGCUUCAGCCAGAGUUACCACCUUAUCCAGCACUGGAUUAUUCAUACUAGAGAGAAACCCACUGUACAUCAAGAGUACGAGGAAUGUUUCAGCCAGAGUUCUUGCCUCUUUGUGCCUCCAAUGACUCACACAGGCUACAAAUCCUGUGUGUAUACCAAGUACGGGAAAACUUUCAGUCAGAAUACACACCUUCUGUGGCAUCAGAAAAUUCACACUGGAGAAAAACCAUCUAAGAAUCAAGAUGGUGACCAGCUGUCAGGUCUCGGCUUACAGCCUGCUGAGCAUCAGAAAACCCACACGGAGGGUCAGUCCUACAUAUGUAGCGAGUGUGGCAAGAGUUUCAGCCGAACCUUUCAUCUUAGUCGGCAUCAGAAGACCCAUACCCAGAAACGCUAUGAAUGCGCCAAAUGCAAAGCGACCUUCAACUUCCCCAAAUACCUCCUCCAACACCAGAAAAUCCAUGCUGCGGACACGCCCUCUGAGCGUCAGGAAUGCGGGAAGACCUUCAGGCGGAGUUUGCUGCUUGUCAAACACCAGUCUGUUCACACCGGAGAAAAGCCUUACAAGUGUGAUCAGUGUGGGAAACCCUUCAGGAAUAUCUCAACCCUAAAGAUCCACCAGAGGGUUCACAGUGGAGAGAAGCCUUACAAAUGCAGUGAGUGUGGGAAAGCCUUCUACCGGAACACUCACCUUAAUGAACAUCAGAGGAUUCACACUGGCUACCGGCCCUAUAAAUGUCACAAAUGCAUCAAGAGUUUCAGCCGGCCCUCCCACCUGAUUCGACACCAGUCCAUCCAUGCCACAGAAAAGCCCUACAGCUGUGCCAAAUGCAAGGAAACUUUCAGCCACAAUGAACACCUUGUCCAACACCAGAAAAUGCACAAUGUGGAGACCCCCUAUGAGUGUCAGGAGUGUGGUGAGCGCUUCAUCUGCAGCUCCACCCUAACUUGCCACCAGACUGUUCACACCAGAGAAAAACAAGGACUUGGUGAGAGCAGGAGGAUCCUGAAUCAGGACUCAGAGCAGAGAGAGCAACCAAGAAUCGGUGAGAAGCACUUUAAGUGUAAAAAAUGCGAGAAAACCUUUAGCCGCAGCAAAUACCUGACUCAGCACGAGAGGGUUCACACCAGGGUGAAACCCUUUGAGUGUAACCAGUGUGGAAAAGCCUUUGGCCAAAGUACACAGCUCAUUCGCCACCAGAGCAUCCACUCUGGGGCGAGGCGGUAUGAAUGUGGGGACUGUGGGAAGGCCUUCAUCCACAGCACUUCCCUUACCAAACAUCAGUCUGUCCACAAAAGCGAGCACCCCUUUAAAUGUAAUGAAUGUGGAAAGACCUUCAGUGAAAGUGCACAUCUCUCAGAACAUUGGUUAAUUCACACUGCAGAGAAACUAUCUCAGUGUAACAAAUGUGACAAAGCCUUUGCCCCUGGUAACUACCUUACUCAGCAUCAUAAAGCUCAUUCUAGAAAGAAGUCCUUUGAGUGUAACGAAUGUGGAAAAUCAUUCCAUCAGAGCUUGUGCCUUUCUAAGCAUCAGAGAGAUCACACAGGUGAGAAACCCCACAAAUGCAGUCACUGUGGGAAAACCUUCAGCAUGGGUGCUCAACUCAUUGAACACCAGCGAGUUCACACCAGAGAAAAGCCUUAUGUUUGUCAGGAAUGUGGGAAAGCCUUCAGCCAGAGCUCGUGCCUUUCUGUUCACCAGCGAGUUCACACCGGAGAAAAGCCUUAUGUUUGUCAGGAAUGCGGGAAAGCCUUCAGCCAGAGCUCGUGCCUUUCUGUUCACCAGAGAAUUCACACCGGGGAAAAGCCUUAUGUUUGUCAGGAAUGCGGGAAAGCCUUCAGCCAGAGCUCGUGCCUUUCUGUUCACCAGAGAAUUCAUACUGGGGAGAAGCCUUAUGUGUGUGCUGAAUGUGGGAAAGCCUUUGCCCAGAAAGCAAAUCUGAUGCAGCAUGAGAGAGUUCACACUGGGGAGAAGCCUUAUGCCUGUAGGGUGUGUGGGAAAGCCUUUGGCCUCAGUGCCCAUCUCAGUCAGCACCAGAGAGUUCACACCCAAGAGAAACUGCAAUGUCAACCUUGUCAGCCCUUUGCUGCAGGUCUCAGCAGACAUCAGCAAGUUCACACUUACAGGUAACAAGGAGUUAAGUAGAAAGUAACAAGUAGCAGUACUUCCUAGUACUGGGUGGCAGCAAACUCCCAGACAUCUGAACAUGGUUCAUCUGAGUCCUAAAGUUGAAAUCACAUUGUAAGCUCCCUCUCUCCAAAUAAAUAGAUCUCUUUAUCCAUAAAGAGUGAUUAGAAAAUUUGUACACGAGUUUCAUGAAAACACAGUAGUUGAGAACAUGGGAAUUCAGAGGUAGACCCGAGCCAGUUGGCUGAGUUAAAUCCCAGCUCUGACAUGUGCUACCUGAGUGAUCUGGGGAGAGUCAUGGGACCUCCUAGGGCAUCCUCAUCUGUAAAAUGGGCACAAGACAAUUACCUACCUCAGAGGGCUGUUGUGAGAAUAAAUAAAUAGAUGUAAAGAAGCACUUUGAACUGAGUGCCCAGCACAUAGCAAGUACUCACCAAAUGUGAGCUACAAAUACUUACGAUACACGACAAAUAUAUUGAAAAGGGAAGAAUUAGCAAUCCUCUAUUUACUGCAGUUAAUGUUCUUGCUAAAACUAUGCAGUGGCUUUCAUUUUUUAAAAAGAUUUUAUUUAUUUAUUUGAGAGAGCACGAGCAGGGGUGAGGUG